AUGGAGCCUAAGGAAUAUACUCCUAGCUUCACUAGCCGGAGCACAUCUUUCAUACCCUCCGAUCAACAGUCCGACAGCAGAAUCAUCCUAGACGAGAAGAAGCUCCCGCCAGUGGAUGGAGGUGUUCAAGCAUGGCUGUUCCUUAUGGCUUCUGCAAUGCUCGAAGCUCUAGUCUGGGGUUAUGCAUUCGCAUUCGGUAUAUUUCAGGACUACUAUAGUACACACGAGCCCUUCAAGGGAUCUCAGAAUAUUGCAGUUAUCGGAACAUGUGCGAUGGGUAUUGCAUAUCUAAUUGCUCCGUUGGCAAUCGUUUUAAUGAUCUUAGUCCCCAAGAUCGCUCGCUGGGUAUCGACUAUGGGAGUGGUCAUCAUGUGUUUCUCUUUGGCACUGAGUUCUUUUUCCACCAACGUGAUACAUCUUAUCUUGUCCCAAGGAAUCGGAUUCGGAAUUGGAGGCUGUUUUGCCUAUACUCCUACCAUUCUAUUCAUGUCGGAGUGGUUCGAUAAACGGAAAGGUCUUGCUUUUGGUAUUGUCUGGGCUGGGUCCGGAGUGUCUGGCAUAGUUUUCCCACUUGCCAUCCAGUGGCUCUUGAACCAGUAUGGGAUUGAAGCCACGCUUCGGAUAUCAUCAGUGACGUUGUUCAUUCUUGCCGUGCCCUUCCUCUAUUUCCAUCGACCGAGGCUGCAUACGACAGAUAUCGCGUACCACCGUCUCAAUUUUCAUUUCUUGUACAACAAAGUCUUCAUAAUUUAUCAGCUUGGCAAUACCCUUGAAGCAAUCGGAUUCUUCCUGCCGACUAUCUACCUUCCGACAUACGCCCGCAGUCUAGGUGCUAGUGACUAUAUGGCAUCUCUCACCGUGAUACUCGUCAAUUUGUUCACCGUGUUCGGCUCUGUGAUCAUGGGAUUCCUUUCUGACAGAUAUCACGUCACUACCUGCAUCCUGAUGUCGACUGUUGGUACUGUCCUGGCAGUGUUUUUCCUUUGGGGAUUCGCCGACACUAUCCCCCCUCUAUACGUUUUCUGUAUUGCUUAUGGCCUCCUCGCGGGUGGCUUCUCCUCCACAUGGGCGGGAGUCUCCAACGAGGUGCAGAAGGCCAAUCCAUUAGCAGACGCGACUGUCAUUUUCCCAUUCAUGGAAACGGGACGUGGAGUUGGCAAUGUGGCAAGUGGGCCUCUAAGCGAGGCCCUGCUCAAGGCAGAUACUUGGAAAGGACGUGCGUCCGGUGCAUAUGGAACUGGCUACGGUACCCUUGUUGUUUGCACCGGCGCAACCGCAUUUGUUGGCGGCCUUUCUGUGGUCGCCCGUCACUUGAAAUGGAUAUAA